UAUUGAAGAACACGAUUUUACACAUCAAUAUCACAGUAGAAAUCAAGUUUUGCUAUGGAGGAUAGCUUCUCCAGCUCACCACUAUUUUAAAUCCUAUUUAUUUAUUUAAUUAUUUAUUUUCCAUAAACAGACCACUUUUACUGUGUAAUUAUAUUUCGUUUGUCAUUUGCUCAGCUUCUUUUUGUGCUCUGAAGGUGCCAGCUGAUGUUGAAGUGGGGCGGAUUUAUCGAAGAUAAAAGGAAGUGAAAACAUCAGAGUACUGCGGGGGGAUUUCGAGACGAGCUGAACUGUAAAGAAUGUCGUGGCUAAAAGCAGGACUGUACGCCAUUUCUCUGACUGGUUUUUUCCUGAGUCUGGCAAAUGAUGUCUUCCUCACCCCCAAAUCAGCCAUUCGACUGAUUGGACAGAAAGUCGAAUUCCAGUGUCGCUUGAAGAAAGAGAAAGACUGCAAAACUACCUUGUUUUUUUGGCGCCACAUACCCAUUUUUGAAAAUGACAGUGAAACCGUGGAAAAGGACAUCGAGAAUGAAGGACGGUUUUCUAUCAAUGAAGAGAGGCCGGUCAGCUCUCUGGUCAUCACCGAUGUGAAGAUUACAGAUUCUGGUUACUUCAAUUGUUCUGUGAUGUGUGUAAACAUUAAAAAAGAAUCUCUAUUUGAGCGUUCACAACUGGAAGUGCAAGCCGUCCCCAAGCUGACCCUCCAUUACCAGACUUCAAGUGAUGACCCCAGCAACCUCCACCUAACCUGCAGUGCUGUGGGUUUCUAUCCUCCCAGUAUCACCCUGUCCUGGGACCACACCUUCCAUGAAGUGAGCCACUCCAUCCUGCAAGGUGAUCCCACACUCCUUCAGGACGGCACCUACAACAUCACCUCCACUUUGCUAGUCAAUGCCUCUCUUUGGAGUCCUGGGGAAGAAAUUGGAUGUGUGGUGAAUCACAGCUCUCUAACACGGCCACUGAGGAAGAACAUCAUGCGAGGUCAGUGA